CUCCAGCCCCAGCGAGGGGGAGGGCGCCUCCCUAUCCCCUCCUCCCCAUCCCCGCCGCGGCUCGGGGUUUUACUGCAGCAGCCGGAGGUGACAGCGACGCCUUAGCCUCCUCCGUUGCUCUCGGAGCCCCGGCUUUCCCUGCAUCCGGAAAGCGCCCCCUCCUGAGAGGCUGGUCCCCGAAGAAGUGCUAACGAGCUGCAGAAAACCAAAUUUAAAAAUGUAGAAGUCGCUGGGCUGCAUUCCUCCGAGGACGAGCCUGAUCGCCCAGGACUGAGAGUGGCAGCGUGUGGGAAGUUGGGACCAUAGAGCAAGGGGGGAGGGGAGUGGUGCAGCCGGCAUUCUCUUCUGCAAGCAGUCGCUGGGAGCAGUGCGCUUGGACACAAGUUGGCGUGGGAGUGUUUUCCUUUUGUCAAUAAUUAAUCACCGGAAUCAGUCUGGCAGAAUUGGAGUUUUAGCACUAGUGCAGAGGGCGGGGCCGAACACCUAACUCCGGGAGGCUCCCGGGUGCCCAGCGCAGUGGGAAGCUCGCAGCAGCUGGGGAGGAGCCAAAGCGCCGCUGCUCACCUAAGCCGCAGGAAGAUACACCCAACCGAGAGAUGAAACAGCCCCCUAGUGAUAAGUAAUUCACAUAGGAUCAUUCCGUGGAGGAUCAAGGACGAAAACUCAGACCUGGACCCUCGUAGGCAGAGUCUGUCGAAUUGUCCAAUAAUUCAUGAAAGUGUAAAGAAAGUUCCUUAAUUGCCCUGUGGUUGUUUGGUUUUCUUCUCUGGCUUUGAUUCAUCACAAACUUUUAAGUUGAUUUUUUUAGCUCCCUCUAAAGACUUGGACUCCAAAUCCAUCACUUCUGGUCUGACUUCUAAUAUUCACCCUGGUACCAGCAUGAGGAAUUGCUUGCCAAAGGAUGGCUGGAGAGUAUUCUAAGAUGGAAAGGAAAUUCCCAGGAAAAUAUUAAGCAAGGAUGGAACUUUCUGUGGGGCACAGAAAACACUGGAGUCACUCACAGAAAACCUAGUGCAAGAUAUCUGGAAACUGGGAAGCCAAGAAACUACUGUCAUGUCAUGCCCGAUUCUUACAUGGACACAGUAUGAGGUUUUGCCAUUAAUCAUACGAACUUUGUAUCUUUGGGAAUCAAAUGGUGUUCACAUAAAGAAGCAGCUUGUGAUUAGGUCCCCAAGACAAGAACCAUCACAUAAGGUUGUGCAGUGCACAGCCCACACAAUGGACAAACUUUCUGCAGCUUGAAGGAGCCAACCAUGGAUUUCAGGCGUGUGAAGGACUAUUUCUCCUGGCUCUACUAUCAAUACCAAAUCAUUAGCUGCUGUGCUGUCUUGGAGCCCUGGGAGCAAUCCAUGUUCAAUACCAUCUUACUAACCAUUUUUGCUAUGGUGGUGUACACCGCCUAUGUUUUUAUCCCAAUCCACAUUCGCCUGGCUUGGGAAUUUUUCUCCAAAAUAUGUGGCUAUCACAGUACAAUUUCUAAUUGAUCUUGUUUGCAUUCUGUGGAUUGGCACUGCAUAUGUAUAUGUUGCUUACAACUUACUGAUUUAGGUGAAUACUGUGUCUUCUUUAACUAUCUGAUCUGAAAAGCUCUCUCUUCUCUAUGCACUCUUAUAUCUUGCCUGAAAUUUGAGAUAGAUGUCUCUUUAGGUUCUUUUGUACAUGCUACAUUGUGCAUCAGACCAUAGAUAUUACCAUGACCUUACCUCACAUACCAUAUUCUCUCAACUUAAAUCUAUGACUUUAGUUUUUUUUUAAUCAGGAAAUUUCAUAUAAAGUUUUUCUGGAAAGUAGGCUCAUAAGAGACCUACCAGAAUCGUAAUUAAAAUGCUCCCUUGGUACCUAUUCUAUUGUAAGGGAUAUAUUUUUUAAAAUUUGUUCAUAGGCUACUGUCAAAAGUAUCCUAUCCUUGUUUACAAUAUGUAAAAAGAUGUGAAUAAAUUAUAUGGGCCCCCUAAAGUCUUAUUUUCUAGUAAAUUACUGAUACCUAAACUUCUUUUACUUCAAGUACUAAAGAAUAGGCUGGAGGCAAUUAUCUCCUUUCAGACAUGGUUAAGGAAUUGUUUUAAAUGCCUCUAAAAGUCUGGCUUUAUAAUAGUUUAAAAUCAACAAUGUUGAUUUUAGAUAACCCAGUAAGUAUUAUAAUACAAAAUAAUUUUUAAGUGUAAGAAACAAAAUAUAAUCAAAGUAAGUAAAUUCAGAUAUUGUGACUUGUGAUGCUGUCUUGCCUUGCAUGAUGCUGGGGGAAAAAGAGAAAAGAAACUGCUUUCUUUCCGUGCGUUCACUCGGUG